CGGAAACUAAUGAAGAUGAUCAAUAAAACGAGCUGCUCGGUUUAUCUGAGGCCGGAAACGCGUCAUGAGGGCAUCAUGGCGGCGCCACGUCGAUCCCAGAGCAGGAGAAACGAGGAGGGGGAGGAGCUGAGCCUUCAUCGUGUGGAUGGAGUGACCGAAGGUCAGAGGAGGAAGAGGAGGAGGUCAGGAGGUCAGCCGGAACAUCUGGCUCCAGUCAGCCUCAGCCCUCCUGAGGAAGAGGAGCAGCUCCAAACCAAGGCAAAGAAGAAGAAGAAGAAGAGAGCCACAGGUGAGGAAGAGGAGAUCGUCCUUCCUCCCAUUGAUGAACUGAUGCAGGAAAAAGACAAGAAGAAGAAAAAGAAGAAGAAGAAGAAACUCAGGGAGGAAGAAGAGAUCAUCUGCCUUCCUCCUGAUGGACCAACACAUGACCACAAGAAGAAGAAGAAGAAGAUGGAAGAGAUGACAUCACAGCAGGAAGAUGAAGACCAAGUGGGCAUCGCCAUGGCAACAGUCUCUCCAGGCCAACAGGAAGCGGCAGAAGCUGAGGAAACCAACCUCAGCACCAAGAAGAAGAAGAAGAAGAAGAAGAAGAGCAGCGGCGGGACGAGUUCAACUCAGGACGACACCAAGAAGAAGAAGAAGAAGAACGCAAAACCACAGAAGAAGAAAACGGAGCGAGGAGCUCUGAGCAGCAGCCCAGAAGAAGAGCUGGACUGGGUCCUGGUCCAGGAGCUCCAGGACUUCCUGCCCCACAUCGGGAGAAAAUGCACCAAUCAGAUCAAGAAGAUCCUGAGAACCGACCUUCAUCGCUUCAGGAAGUUCAAGCAGCAAGGUGUUCCGGCCCGUUUGGGUCGGUUCUCUGAGCAGGAGAACCAGCAGAUCUGGGAGAACAUUUCGGACUUCCUGGUUCUGACCGGGAUCAGUUCUGUGGAGAAGCUUCUGUUCCCUCAGAGGUUCCCAGAGGAUCAGGCGUCCAUCAGGAGGCUGAAGAAGCAGCAGGGCUUCCUGGAGCGGAUCGCCCACGGGAUCCCCCGGCCGUGUCAGCAGGUCUACAUGCGGGCCCUGAAGAUGUUCGAUGAGCAGAACCACAUGGGCAGGUUCUCCGACGAGGAGCUGGCGGCGCUGAUCCGGUUCCAUCAUCUCUAUGGCAACAACUGGAAGCUGAUUUCCCAGAAGAUGGGCCGCAGCGUCUUCUCGCUGCAGAAACGCUUCUCUACACUCGGUACGGGUCGCGGCAUCUGGACCGCCGAGGAGGAACGGCGGCUGAAGCAGGCGGUCAGGGAGCGGCUGGAGAGCCGGGCCGGUCCGGACGGGUCCGGUUUGAGCCGGGCCCAGCUGAGCCAGCGGCUUCCAUGGAGGGAGAUCAGCCAGGAGGUCCGGACCCGGUCCUGGGUCCAGUGCCGCCAGAAGUGGUUCUUCCUCCUGGAUCAUCGCAUGACGUUUUACGGAAACGUCUUCAACAGAGGAGCUGAAGGUUACGACGCCAAGGUCCGCCUCAUCAGCAGGUUGUACGAUGUGCCUGUGGACGACUUCGCUGAUAUCAACUGGGAGGAGGUCGCUGCAGCUGUGGGAGUCAAGGGGGUCGAUAUGUACGCAGGUGUUCUUUGCAGAGGUUUCGAUCAACAGGAAGGAUGUUCUUACACCUUCCCCUCACCUCUGACCUUAGAGAUCAUCGACUUCCUGUACCACCGAGUGGUUCCUGUCCUGCAGAAGCGGCUGAGGUCCUUGGACAGGUGGGCGGAGCUACAGGAGCACCACCGCCAGGACAGGUACCAGCUGGCGGACAUCUUUAACUCGGACCUGGAAGACGAUGGCGAGAUGGACGUCUGACCUCCAAUCAGAACACAGGGAU